UGCACAUACAUACACACACACAUACACACACACAAAAUUAUUAAUUUUGUCCAAGUUUUUUUCUUUUGUUUUUUUUUUGUAGAACCUCGAUGCCAACACACAAUCACGGGAUGUGCACAAAUCUGGUUGGGAGUGAAGCUCGAGUCAAAUCAUUGCGUUAGGCGUUAGGGCGGAAUAUUUAUCAGAAGGGUCGUAAUUUUCAUGCUUCACCCGUCUGUCUUUAAACCAUCAUAUAUAAAUAUGUCUUUUGAUUAUCAUCACAAUUCUAACUGAAUGCCUCUUUUUCUAUAGUUCAAGAAGCACCAAAUAGCUACCUUUUCAAUCCCACCAUGGAAUCAUUUCAAUACCAGCUGCAAAAUGAUGACAUCUCUACAGAAAGCAGCUCUCGAAUAACUGUCGUGAAUUUCCAGCCAAACAACUACAUCCAAUAUGACAAACAGAUCCAUCCUAACAUGGUUUCAGAUGAAACCAAAAUUUGGCAGCAACCAUGGCCCAAACUAAUAGGAAUUACCCAGAUAACAUUAGGUGUUAUUACCUCUUUAAUUGGCAUUGCUGAAGUGGUUGUUAUCCCUCUCAAAGAGUUUGGUGAUGGUGCUAUAUAUUUUGGUAAAUUGAAUUGUUAUGGAAUUGGUAUUAUUGCAGGUUUGCUGCUUGUCAUUACUGGAAGUACAGCAAUCCGAGCAUCUAUAAGUCAACGCUUGACAACAGUGUCACGGUUUUUGAAUCUCACCAUACUUACAUUGAUCUUGUAUGCAUUUUUCACUGUCCUCUUGAUUGUUGGCUAUAAUCUUAAAUGGACUACCAAGUCAAGUUACCCUGAAAAAAGUUCCAUGUAUGGAACACACAUUUUUCUAACUGUAAGCUGUAUUUUGGGUCUUCUCUUCACUCUUGCUGCCUUCAUACAAUAUGCAAACCAGAUUUUUUUUGGAGAGCUGCAGUUAUUUCAACGCUGGAUGCACAUGUUUUGUCCUUGUUGUCUUCAGUUAUUGGAUAAGAAUUUCAAGUAUUUCGAUCUGAAACUGAAUCAGGAAGAUGCAAAUGAUCCAGAAUUAAAACAUCUGUGAUUAAAGAUAAUGAUUUUUUUUCCUGUCAUUUUAUUUUGCAUAAAUAUGUGUGUGUGUGUGUGUGUGUGUGUGUGUGAGUAUAUAUCUAUAAUUUGUUGUAGUGUGUGAUGUGUAUGUAUGUAUGUAUGUACGAUAGAAACGCUGUAGAAGCAGUGGCAACAGUAAUGGCAAUUUACUAACAUGGCUACAGCAAAUUAUAAUUAUUAGAAAUUAUGUUAAUGUAUACAAUUAAGUGGAAGAGUGAUCAGUACAGUUUGUGAAGUGGAAUAAUUGUUAGUCAAAGCUGUAACUUCACAUGUCGCUACUCUAAGUAUCACAUAGCCACUAUCAUCUAUAAAUUUGAGUUAAAUUCAUGUCACAAGUUAUGCACUACUUAAAUAAGUCAAUAAAUAAAUGGCAAUUAUUGGUUUCAUAAACAGUAUCAUCCAAUCACACGUGUAAGCACCUCCAACACCCACCGCUUCCUAACCUCAUACACCACAACGCCCCCCCCCCAUACUUUUGCUUUCUGAUUGCUUUAACAUCUGCUUCUCUAUGUCACAUCAUCAAAGAUGAUCAGCCAAUCAAAAACGAUAGCAGCCAUUGUCACCCAAUGGUUUACUCUUUGCACAGCUGAUAAUUAUCAUUCAAAUAUUUUUUAAUUGAUAUAUUCAUUCUUUUGUGUAAUUAUCACUAUAUCAUGAAUAUGACAUUUUGUUCCAGCAACUUGCUUCAUCGCCUUACAAAAUUAGCAUCACAAAACUCAGAAUAACAACUUGUGAAAAUACAGCUUGUACUAAAAAUUGUGUGUGUGUGUGUGUGUGUGUGUAUUAAUAUGUGUAUGUAUGUAUAAAUAUGUCCAUGUAUGUAUAUAUGUGGGUAUGCAUGUUCAUUUGUCAUUUGUGCGUGUAUAUUAUAUUGUUCAUUGGAUGCUUGCAUUCUACACUGCCAGCAGAUAUACUGGCAUUGGGAGUAUUCAGCUUGAAUAUUUCAGUGCUUGCUUAUGGACUUCUUGUGUGUGUGUGUGUGUGCGUGUACAUACAUACACACACACACACACACACACACAUAUAUAUAUAUACACACACACACACAUAUCCACAUAUACACACACACAUACGUACAUAUGAUGAGCUUAGGUUCAGUUUCUCUCUACCACAAGGCAUUAGUAAGCUCAGGGCUAUAGUAGAAGGUGCCAUACAAUAGGACCGAGCCUGAAGUUGUGUAGUUGCAAAUUGAACUUUGUGAUUACAUAGCCAAACUUGCGCUUGUGUGUGUGUGUAUAUGCAUUUUUUUGUGUCUGAAUGUGCAUAUACAUAUAUAAUUUUACGUUAUACUGUUACAUUCUUUUAUUGAAAAUUUUAUUGUAUUUCCAUGUACAAACUAUACUUUCUAUUAAAGGCAAAAGGCCUUUUCCAUGUAAAAAAUAUAAUGAAAACUAUUUUAGUAACUAUCGAUUAUAGUUGACAUGUGUAUUGAUUUGUCACUAAAUCCUAUAUUUCUGUACAUAUUAUGUCUUUCAGCUUUCCUGUAUUACAUCGCUCAAUUAAAACAUGAAUAUUUUAGAUCCUUUUGUAGUUUUGAUGCAAAUAUAAACAGAUUUUGCAAUUUUUCCUUAUUUCAUUUCUUUUCUUUCAUUUUGUUCUUUUUCUUUUGCUUCUUUUUUUAAGCCUUUGUAGUAAACAUUUUGUAGUUUGCAGCAAAUCUAAUUUUUAUUUGAAAUGAAAUGGAGAAUUAGGUCUCUCAUUGAACUGUGACAGUUAUUACAUUUUUAAGCAUAAAUCUACUGCAAGCUUUUGAUUGUGCAUUUUACAUCCAUCAGAUAUUUGUUGCAAUAAGUUGACGCACUUUUUGAAAAUCUUACUCCAGAAAAAAUAAAACAAAGAAGUCAAGUGUCCUCUCUUGCAGAAAUUGUUACCCAAGCCAUGGUCUCUCCAUUAUGGAAUACUUUUUGGAUCUUUGAAAAAAAAAUAUUUUCUGUAGAAUUUCUGAAUUAUAAUUUCCAUAAACUUUUAUUUUAUUAUUUCUAAUGUUUGUUAUAAAUUUUGUUUGAAAAGAAAACAACUGUAAAAAAAAUUAACAAAAGUAGUCUUUUUAAAAAGGGUAAUUUCCCCCCAAAACAUUUCUACUUAUAGUAUUUUUUAUCUCUAUCUAUCUAUCAGAAUACACACACACAAAUUUACAGCACAGACUAUAUAUGUGUGUGUGUGUUUUUGUGCUUGUAUUUAUGUGUCUGUGCAUGUAUGUGUGUGUGCCAUGUAAAAAGCAGCCAGUACACUCCAUAAAGUGGUUGGCAUCAGGUAGAGCAUCCAAGCAGUUGAAACUAUGUCAAAACAGACAUUGGAGCUCAACACAGUCCUACAACUCGAUGGAUCCUGUCAAACUGGGCAGCCCGUGCUAGCAUGGAAGAUGUUAAAUGAUGAUGAUGAUGAUGAUACAUACACACAGAUUAAGGGGGUACUUAUAACCCUAGCUAUCGCUUAAUUAGUACAUCAUGCAGUAUCCUGGCUAGCAUAGUGUUCCAAAAUCAAAAGAAGAUAUGUUGGACUUCAAUUGAUAUAAAGGGGACCAGUACACAGCUCCAAGUUAAGAUCCAGUAGGCUUAAUAUAAGCCCCACAGAGUGAAUAAUAAAAGUAAUAAUUUAAAUGAGGAAAGGAGAAAUCAAAUUGACAUUACAAUUUGUUUCCAUAAACACUAUAUUUUUAUUCCAUAUCUCAUACAUGUUAUGCAUUUCAUACAAUUUUAUGUAAUAUACACCGUAAUAUAUGGAAAUAUGUAAUAAUAAUCCUAUAGUCCAUUUGCUUCCUCAGAUGUCAUCAUUUGCAGGCACAAUUAACCAAAUAAAUAUUUUGGGAUGAGUUCAUUUGGGCAGGUUUACUAUACGUAAAUAGAAUAAACUCUGAAAGCUUUCACUUGAUAUCUCCUGUAAGCUUUGAGGCAAUUAAUCUUAAUAAAAAUGUAUGAGAUUCCCAUGAAUUUGGAACAAUAAUAUUACAUGUACCAUAACAUUCUCUAACUUUAAACUGCCUUUUCCUCUAAUCAUGUAAUUUCUUCUCAGACCUACUAUUCCUUACCUUGUGUACAUUGUUAGUUUAGUCUGAAAAAUAACAAGAUUAAACUAUUUACUGACAUUCUGAAAUUUCACUUGUAACUCAUUUUAGGUUUUGUGAAAGUAUAACAUACAACAAUUUAUAACUACUUAAUUGUAUUUUAAAAUAGCAGAGGAAUAUAGUAAACUGUCUUCCCUUGAAAUACUGAUGGUACAGCUUGAUGUACUCCUCCAACUAUUUACUAAGGGUUAUAGCCAAUAGAAGAGGAGAUUUUGUAAUCUUUUUCUGACUAUAUAUGGCCAAAUAAGAAUAUCAGAUAUACAGUAAGAAUGCACUAGUAACAGGGAAAUUCAAUGCUGGAAGUAAUUCAUAUCUGUAACAGAGAUGACUUAUAUAAUAUCUAAAAAGAACAGUGCCUUUUCAUUAUGACCUCUCAUUCCAAAUUGUGUUGGGAAAAAAAUCAUGAAUUUGCAUGACUACACAAUCUCAGUUAUUUCUUCUAAUUUAAUUUACAGUUCUCAAACAAUAUAUUCUUUCUAAUAAUUUUUUUUCUCAGCAAUCUGUGCAAUGACCUUAUUAAUGUUUACCCAUCCCCUCCAUGAUUUUGCCUUGAUUCACUCAUUUCAUGACCACAUGCAUCACAUUCUCAAUGGCAAAACAACAAUUUGAUUUUCUCUGAAAAUUCUAUUAUAUGGUCAUUAUCCAUAAAUUUUGUAUGAAUUCUCUCUUUAUUAUAAAUUGGAAUGAUGUUUCAUUCUACAUUUCAUCUUGUCAAUAGGGCUAAUGAAAAAAGUUAAUUGCAAUGAGGGGUAAUAAUGAAGAAUCACCAGAAAAACUAAGAGUACUUCAUACUUAACCAACAGCCACUCUCACGUCAUAGUAUACAUUGGUUUGGAGCUACGCUUUGGUUUGAUGAUUCCUAAAGUAAAUACACGAUUCCUAUUGUUAGCUCUAAAUUCUUUUGGUAACUUAGCUCACUUUUGAUAGUUCACAAUCAUUAUUCAGGGCCACAUUCCUUGAUAGGCUAGAAUAUCUUUCAGCUGGCUUAAUGCAGAUACAGUUUCAGUUGUUCAUUCAUGCUGUUUUUAUAUACAUUGGGAGUGGUGUGGUAUUUUAUUAGUGAAGACAAUACCUCUGUUUAACUAAAUUUUCUGCAAUAAGUGAAACAUUAUGCUAGGUGUGAUUUUUUAAACAUAUCAAACCAGAUACUUACAAAUGGUUUAUCUAAAGGAUUAAUUUUCCUUUUCUUCUCAAGAGAUCAACUCCCAGUUUCAUUUCAAAUGUCUUUCAACUGUCAUGUGACUAUGUGAUUAAGAAGUUUGCUUCUCAGUCACAUGGUUUUGGACUCAGUUCUACAGUAUCACACCUUGAGCAAGUAUCUUCUACAAUAGCCGUAGGUCAACCAAAGCCUUAUGAAUGGAUUUGGUAGAUAGAAAGAAGCUCAUCAUAUAUGUAUGUUUGUGUCUUCUUGUCUUGAUAUCACAUAAUAAUUGUAAAUGAGAGUCACUCUCAUACAAGUAGUAUCAUUCAUUUCCAAUAUGCUGCGAGAACAUGUCUGUCUAUGGGAAAAUAUUACCUUGCUUGGAAACAGGUGAGUUGUGUGUUGGUGACAGGAAGGUCAUUCAACUAUAGAAAAUUUGCCUCAACAAACUCUGGUUGACCCAUGUAAACAUGGAAAAGUGAACAUUAAAAGUUAUGAUGACAAAAGUGAACAUUAAAAGUGAUGAUGACAACAAUAUAGUAUUUUCCACUCCUCAAACUGUAAUUUAUUCAACUUGGAUAACCAGGUAAUAUGGUUAUAUGAUACUUUUAAGUGGCCAGUGCUUACUGAAUGCUUGAUGAUUUUUGAACAUGUGAAUACUGCAUUGAGAAAAUUCUUACAACUCUUCACUUUGUAGUUUUGUCUUCAAAACUAAACUUAGAUCCAGACAUCAGUUUAUUAGCAAGUGAGCAUCUUUAACAGACAGCUUUUUGUUUCUAUAAUGCUUAAUUUCUUUUUAUUCAUAUUUUGUGGGUUAAUUCUGUAGCAAGGGGAAAUGUCCAUGACCUUUACCAUCACUAUAGAUGAUAUUUAACUUGAACAUCUGUAAGUUGACUUUUUUGUUUUUACUACAUUUGUUGAGUCUGGAGUGGGGACAAUGCCUAUGGCCUUUGCAGGCCCUUUAAGACCGGUGAGAUUGAUGCUAUUAAUGUUUCUCUUGAACCAUUGCAAAUCAACACUAGUGGGAAUGACAUGUGUAGUAAGAAUUCCAGAGAGAUAACAUUCUGGGAAGGAAGGACUAUGGACGUAGUGGUUAGUGUGAGGUCUGUGUUGAGUUGGACACAAUGAGGGUGGUGAUAGGAAGAAAAUUGAUGGGUUAGAAAUUCCUGAGUGGAGGGGCCCAACUAGGUGCAGGGGCCAUUAUUCUAACAGUAGACAAGACAAUGGAAAGAGACAGCUCACAUAUGAGGCAGAGGGUGGAGUGUGGAUAUGGUCUAGGAUAUCUGUGUGUGCAGCUACAGCUGUUCCAGAUAUGGGAGCAAGAACAAAAAAAUGUAGUUGGGUAGCGAAUUCCAGAAGUCUGAUGCUCAGUGAAAGUAUAGCAGUUAGUGCAGGUUCUAAGAGAUGAAACAUAAUAGGGCUGAUAAGAGACAAAAAGACAGGUGUCAGAUGGGUGCGUAGAGGUGGUAUGCAACUAACCAGUUCAAAGAAUAGAAGUUGUAGCAACAGAUUAGGUAGAGAAGACCACACAACUGUGAAUGAAAUGUUGUGUUGGAGAGACAGUACAUUACAAUAUAUAUAUGCUAUUUAUAAAAUAAUAAAUUAAAUUUAUUUAUUGAUUUUAAAAAAGGGUUAUAUUAAUUCAUCAGUUGCCAUUUCAAGUUGAUUCUUAAUGAAAGAAAAAGUAAAAAUAGGAAGUCUAAGACGAUUCUAAAAUUUCAAAACACAAAGCAAAUGGUCUUCAGUCAAAGAGCACUUAAAUAUCUUUGAACACCGCUUAGCAAUGAAAAUUAUCAACUGAAGACAGGUCGGUUUCAAACAACAAAUCGUUUAGUUGAUAAUUGUUUUGUUGUUGUUUUUGUUUUUGUUUUUUACCUAUGUAUAUACAAUGAUAAUAAACACAUUUUAUUGAAUUUCUGUAUAA